AUGUUCAAAACUAUUCCGGAGAAAUACGAUGUUGAAGAAGAAGCCGAAACCCUUCUCCUCCGAAGACUCCAUCUCUUGGGCCUGUCCGAUCAUGCAGUUUUAUAUCAUGAUGACAUAGACAGUCAUGAAGAACUAGACCACCGUGAUGAUCUUCGACGUCUCCAUCAAUUUCAUCAUCAGCCUCAAGCCAGAACAUUGGGCUCUUCAUCGUACGACUACCACUGUCUUUUCAGCGAAGGUGACAGCAUACGUCCUGAGAUGGUAUAUGUUCAAUCGAAGCCGGAGGCCAACGACAAUCUUUCACGACUCAGUGGACCGGUAUUGGGUUUCGAUGUUGAAUAUGUGUUGGGUGAUUCGUUUCAUCAGCAACCUGCCUUACUUCAAUUCUGCGAUGAUAGAUUGAUUGUGUUGGUGCACUUACAAGAUACAGAGUGGGAUUUUGAACCUAUCCCAUCUAAAGCCGUAGAGAUGCUUUGCAAUCCCUCGAUCUACAAAACGGGUGCGAAUAUUUAUGAAGAUCUAUUAUGUUUAAUGAGAAGUUAUCCCGAGCAGUUUUAUCGAACUAUACCUACAUACAGCCCAAACUCCCAGCUGCAUCAUUCGGACGCCACACUGAAUGCAACCAUUGAUGUCCAACGAGUUUCAAGCUCUACCUCCGACAACGAUAUCUUGGGUGUACCCAAUAAGAUUCUCGAGCUUUCUCUACUUGCCCGUGCCGUCUAUCCUUCAUCUUGGAAUGACCACGGCGGGACUCAAAUAGCGCUUGCAACCUUGUGCAAGACGUAUCUGGGUAAGAACCUCAGGAAAGGACAUAAGAGUGAUUGGAGAUGCACGUUAAUAGAGAGGCAGAAGGAAUACGCUGCCAACGAUGCAUAUGCCUCUCUACAAAUUUGCCUCGAAUUACAAUCGCUCGCCCGCGAAAAGGGUAUCUCUCUCAACUUGGAUAGAUCAUGCACCGAGUUCAACCUGUUUGACAUACCACGACAAGUAAAAGUACGACGAUCAACGGACAAGCACCCCAUCAGUAACCUUACAUCUUACUCCCCUGUGCAAGGUCAGAUUUGA